UCCCCUACCCAUAACGUAGGUUUUAAAAUCUCUUUUUCGGAAAGCAUUCAUGUCAGAGAUAUCCAUGCCAAAUUUUAGAAUCUCAAUUUUAUGAAAGCGAGGCAUAUCCAUCAUUAAAGAAAGAGAGAUAUCCAUGCAAAUUUUAUAACAAGUAGGGCAUGCAUGGAGGAAAGGUGGCGUAUAAACGGUACACCUUUCCUAAAUAAGAUUUAGGAAACUGCUUGAGAGAACCAUAACCAGGAUUUAUAAAACUAGGAUGAUCAGUACACGGAUUUACAUACAUUGCAUUGCAUAACUUUCUUGAAGGGAGCAGAACAAGAAACAGAGAAGAAAAAAGCUCUCUCUGAACCAUGUCUUUCACCAUAGCCAUGGCUCUCUCCCUCCUCUUCCUCUCUUUAUUAGACCCUACAAUCGCUAGGGACCCCUUCUCUAGUAAGGCAGCCUCAGAGCCAUCGAAGAUACUCAAGGAUGCAUGCAACCACACAGAGUAUUACGACUUCUGUGUGAACACGAUAAGCUUGGACCCAAGCAGCCGCACGGCCGAUCUGGUUGGACUCGUUGGCAUAGCUGUAAAAUUUUCUGUUGACAAUACAACAAGCACAAGUAAUUAUGUACAGAAGUUGUGGCGUGAGUCCUGGAACCAGACAAACCUUCACAUGGUCCUCGACAGUUGUAAUGACGACUACAUUUCAGCACUUGGGGAUUUGCAAAACACAGCAGAUGAAUUUUAUGUUCAUAAGGACUACACAGGGGCGGUUGAGAUUAUGGGCAAAUGCAUGCUUAUGCCAAUGAGCUGUGAGGAUGCCAACAGGUCUCUGCAUAUGUCCCUUAGUCACCUUUCAGACAUAAAUAUGUACCUCGACAAGCUCUUGCACGUUGGGUUAGCCCUACUUCAACUCCUCACCUGAUCCAUCAUUUUCUUUCCUUUCCUUCGUGUGCUGUUGAGUAAAUCACCAUUGCAGCAAUAAAAUAUUCUCCCUAGCAUUGCUUAGGUUCAUUAUUUUUUCUGUUUUGCACAGCAAGCUUUUGAAUGCUGGAUGGACCAAGUUUUGAGAUCAGGACUGAUCUUUUUUUUUUGUUUUUCUG